GUGUAAGCAUGAAACACAUUUUUCUCUGCCGUUGUUUUGACGCUCCACAGUCUGUUCAGUUUAUGCCUCUACCAUAGUGGCUUAACGUCAGUAGAACCUAAUCAAACCAAAUUUUAUGCUUGGGUCGAGUGUAUCAGUCUGGCUGGCUUUACUGUUUUAUUCUGCAAAGUGGGAAAUCUAAGAGGAAGAUUCUCAAUUGAUUGCAAAUCCCAAGGAACGCCAUGAUCUACCUUUUCUUGUUUCUGAUUGGUCUGCAGUUCCACAGUUACCAUUUCACAAGACCCCAUGAUAACCAAGAACAUAAAACGAGGGUUGAUCUCUGGACCAAGAUAAUCCCAUAUAAUGCUGAUUUUGCAUUCCAUAUGUACAGAGAAAUAUCAUCCACUCUAAGUGACAAAAACAUUCUGUUCUCUCCCCUGAGCAUCUCCACAGCCUUUGCCAUGCUGUCCUUUGGGGCUACAUCAGAAUUCCGACAUCGGAUUUACAGUGGACUAACCUUUAACCUUUCAGAGAUUGAGGAGAAUGAGAUACAUCAAGGAUUUUGUCAGCUUAUCCACAAGCUUAACCUUCCAAGAGAGAGAACGCACAUACAUAUAGGGAAUGCUUUGUUCUUUGAAAAGUCACUGGAAGUUCGCAGUAGUUUUCUUGAAAGUGUCAGAAACAUAUAUCUUGCUGAGGACUUUUUUACAGACUUCCUGAAUCCCACAAGAGCAAAACAGCAGAUAAACAAUUACAUAAACAGCAGAACAUAUGGGAAAAGAGUCAACACAUUCAAGGACCUCAGCGAACACACACGCAUGGUCCUUGUGAAUUACGUCAUCUUCAAAGCUGACUGGAAAGACAGGUUCCAUCACCGAUUAACCUCUGAAAGUGAUUUUUUGGCAUAUGGAAACAUAACUGUUAAAGUAAAUAUGAUGCAGAGACGUGCCAGUUACAGAUUUCUCCAUGAUGAAGAUCUGUCUUGCACAGUAGUAGAAAUGCCUUAUCCAGAAAAUGUUGUAGCAUGGGUCAUCCUGCCAGAUGAAGGCAAACUAAAAGAUGUAGAGAGUUCUUUGGUAAAAGAAGACCUGAAUAAAUGGAGAACUUCUUUUGAAUACAGAGAUGUAGAGUUACAGAUUCCAAAAUUUUCCAUUUCUGCAUCCAAUGACAUCAUAGACUUGUUGCAGAAAGUAGGUGUGACAAAUGCUGAUCUGUCUGGAAUUACAAACAAACACAACCUGAGGGUUUCUCAGGCUCUUCAUGAAGCUGUGCUAGUUGUUGAUGAAGAUGACACUGUGGCAAUUUCUGCUGGAUCACCAGGAAUCAGAACCUUUUACCGUCUUCCUUUUCUUCUUCCCCCUCCAGCUCCCUCUCCCCCUCCCCUGCCUCCUCCCCCUCCUCUCAUCAAAUUCAACAGACCUUUCUUGAUGGCUAUUAUUGAUACCUCAACAGGAACCAUUUUGUUAAUGGGAAAAAUUGUGAAUCCAACCCAAGAAUAAGUUUAACAUCACCAAUCAGAGGGUAACAAUUACAGUCUCUAAGAGUGGCUGAAAAAUGGUGUUUGAUUUUUGCAUUACUUUUGUUCCUGCAUCAGCUGAGCCCCAGUGUUUAUGUAAUAAAAUUAUGUUAAAGCGUU